AUGACUACUACACUUCAGAAAUACAUUGAGUCCUUGGAUCCCAAAACCCUUCCAAGAGUUCUACAAAUACAAUCGGGAUACUAUGGAGGUCCACUACAUGAACUUUUAGAGAGUGACUCUUCCCUAUCAGCAGGAGAAGUUAUCAAAGUUAUCGGGUACAAAGUCAAGAAAGUAAUGACGCAUAUCUUUACGAAUGAUGAAUAUGAUGAGUUGCGGCCCAGAGUGGAACUCCCUCUUAAUUUUCCAGGUUUAUUUAAAAUUGUUCCCAAUAAAAAUCCAUAUCUUUCCAUUGAAGAGAUUGUGAAUGCUCUAUAUAUUGGGCGUACUCGAUUUGGCCUACCAGGGUUUUACAGCCAUACUGACCUAUGUAUGGAUGAUAUCACAAUACAAAAAGGACAAAUAUUUUUUGUUAAAUCAGUGGAGGAAGUACAAGGGAUCAGUUCUGUGACCUGUAGAGUGGAUAUACAUGGACAGGAAAGCUCAUUUUCGUUACCUUUAUCAUACAAAGGAGAGUUCUUUGAAUACCAGGAUGAGCAUAUGUACACUCUAAAAGAGAUCCUGGACUGGAAAAUUACAAAAAACAGAGGAAGGAUGGUUGUCCUAAUGGAUCUAAAACAAGCUUGGGACAUCACAAAAAUAUAUCCAAGUGAUUUUAAAGGAGUGAUGAUCCUUGAACCAGUUUAUGAAGUACAAGCAGUUUUGGAGUUUGGAAAGGAUGUUAUUAAUAUUUUGUCAGAUCUCGAUGUUGAAGUCAAGGAUAUUACUCAGAAUUUCGAUAUGAAAUAUUUUAUCCAGACAGUGGAUACAACACUUGGAAUCUUUGAAAGAACCUCUACAGAAUUCCCCAUGAUUGUGGAAAUCAUAGGAGGUCCAUUAGGAAAACAACCUCCUACCAAUCUGUUGCGUCAUGGAAAGAAAAUGAUAAUACAUGCAAAGGGUCAAGAACUUCGUGUUAUAGCCUCAGAGUUAAGGAGUAAUAAUACAAAGAAAUAUUUUCUUGUUCCUUCUUCUUACAAAGGGAAGUUUAAAAGGAGACCGAGGUUUUUCACCACUGUCUAUGAUUUAAACAUUGCAAACAGAUGCAUGGAUGAUCUCUGUGUAGUAGCCACCAAGACAUCCCAAUCAUCCCAUGAACAGUUUUCCUCAGUUUGUGUUGGAGAUCAGUUGCAAGUGAAGCAUCUCCAGUCUUGUGAAGUGAUUUUUGAUGCUAAAACUACCAUCGUUGAUGCUUUGGUAUGUGCAAAAAUGGAAGAUAAAUGUUGUGUAAAAGUGACUCUUCCGUUGUACAUGGAAGGCAAUUUUAUGGAAGUGGUACAUGAUAACAGGCAGUACUACAUAUCAGAACUGUGCAAACAUUUUCAAUUUCCUGUGACCAUCAAAGUCUCUGUGAGAGAUUUGUUUACAGUGGGAGAGGACGUUUUAGCCAGAACAUCAUUGUUGCAACUUGAAGAGCAAAUUACAGACUCAUAUUUGCUUGUUAGCUUUUUGGACAGUCCCAAAGAGGUUUGGGAACUUCCGGUUAACCGACUUAACUUAUCUCUUCAGGUGAUCAGUAAAUUUUAUGGUGAUACCUACUCAUCUCCAACCAGGACCUACAUAGAGGAAAUCAAUGAGCAGGAUUAUUACAUGUUACGGAGAUAUGAAAACCAGGUGCAGCUUCCACCGCCUAGGCCUCCGAAGACUCCUGUUUCUGCAUCAUUCAAAUCUAAAAAGAUUAUGACCCCUGAGAUAGAGAUACUCCAGAAUAAUGAGACAAGCUCCUAAGUCAAACAGGACAUUCGACUUAGAUCGACUAAUCUCCUCAUCUUCACCACUCUGCAGCUGUUCAUAUACAGUAGCUACUUUAUAUAUUCCUUAAAAUGCUAUAGUUAUCUUUGCCACUGCAAUUUUUUUAAAAGUCAGAACUGUACCCCAUUCAGGUAAAUGGCAAGUGGACAGCUUAUAUCUCAGAAGAGAGAUAUGUUCAAUACAGAUGACUGUGUCUAUCAUAUACUUUCAGAUGUGCUGAAUAACAUCAAAGAGA